AUGGGGAGAAGGAAUGGGACAGCAUUCAUAGAUUUCACCCUUCUGGGCUUUUUCCCAGAGUUUAGACACACCACGGUCAUAGUGUCUAUCAUUCUCCUGAUCUUCACAGCUGCCUUCACUUGUAAUACUCUUCUGAUCCUCCUCAUCUGGUUGGAUUCUCGGCUUCACACUCCAAUGUACUUUCUUCUCAGUCAGCUCUCCUUAAUGGAUUUGAUUUUGACCUCCAGCAUUGUCCCCAAGAUGGCAGCCAACUUCUUCUCCAGAUGGCAGAGCAUCUCAUUCCUGGCCUGUGGAAUCCAAAUUUUCUUCUCUUUGACUGUGGCCAUUGCUGAAUGCAUCCUCAUAACACUCAUGUGCUUUGAUCGCUAUGUGGCUAUCUGUAAUCCUCUGGGUUACUCAGUCAUCAUCAAUCGUAGGGUUUGUUUGCAGAUGGCCACCAUGUCUUGGGCUGGAGGGGCACUUACUUCCCUAGGUCAUACUGCAUUCACCUUGCAUUUCCAAAUCUGCAGUCCCAGAGAGAUCCCCCAUUUUUUCUGUGAAGUCAUGGCUGUUCUUAGAAUUGUCUGUGAAGACAUCUCAGCCUAUGAGAAGGCAGUGGUGGUGACCAGUAUUCUUGUUUUGCUAUUGCCCUUAUCACUCAUCUUGUCUUCUUAUGCUGUCAUCCUACUUGCUGUCUUCCGAAUGAACUCCCCAGAAGGCAGGAACAAGGCUCUGACAACCUGCUCCUCUCACCUCUGUGUGGUGGGUCUUUAUUUUGGUCCAGGUAUAUGCAUUUAUAUGAGACCUGGUGCUGCCAAGACCCAAACACUAAAUCAGGGUCUCUUUAUAUUUGGUACAGUUCUCACCCCUUUACUGAACCCUCUUGCCUAUAGUCUCAGGAACAAGGAAGUUCUAAAUGCAUUGAGAAAAUUGAUGGGCAAGUGCCAGUCAUUUAGGUAG